CCAGAGAUCUAACGCUAUCCGAGUAAUCCAAAGCAGUCGUCCACGAACCCACCAAAUAUAUUAGUUAACUUCACUAUGUACCCCCUGAAUGAAUCUAGAUCGCAAAGAGGGCUGUAAGCUGAGCUGAGAACCAUCGGCUGGACUUCUGCUGUCCCUUGUGGACACAUAUAUCACUCCAGGACUCGUGGCUCGGCAGACUUUCUCGAAGGUCCGAAGGCCAAGGUUUCGUUGGAAGCACAAAUAAAUGCAGUUGUCCACGAAUGAGCUGAAACGAUUAUUCAGCCAGAUCAGUGGCCCAGAAAACGCCCGGGAGUUUGGAACUACGAAGUGCUUGAAGUUUGGAGUUCAGUGCACCUGCGAUAGGCAUGGAUUAUUCCGGAGAGCACAAUUCGGUUUCAAAUGGUACGAAGGAGGUGAAACCAGCACCAAAUGUGUGGAUAAUACCUCUGCCAUGGUUCAGUCACAUACUGUGUCAUUUGAAUUUGGCGAAGAAGUUAGCCAAGCAUGGGCUGACAGUAACUUUCUGUCUCCCUGAGGAAGAAAUCCAGCAUCUGGCCGCGGCUGGGCAUAUAACGCCCGAGAGCUGCCAACGUGAAGGUUUCGAUAUCCGUCUACAACCACUCGUAGCACCACGCUUGGAUCUGGGUUCUGGUGAGAACACUCGUGGUGGACUGGGUAUUUUAAAACAAGCUGUCGAUACACAGGAUGCAUUCGAGGAAGCUUUGAAGAACAAAUGGGGUUCAGAUUCGGCUCCCACUUGUGUGAUCUCAGACAUAUGGUUACCGAGAACGAGAGACGUCGUCAAGGAGUACAAUCUUCCAGCCUGGGUGCUAUCCACUCUUUCAUUAACUUUUACCGCCGGUUACUUUUACGUGCACAAUAUGAGAAUGAAGGGGAACUUGAAACUAGCAAGGUCCAAGGACGAUCCCGAAUUCCAGCAUGAGCAGAUCUGUGUUCCAGGACUAGACGUCAUUCCUUACAAAGACCUUCCCGGUGGGUGGUUUACCGAAAGCCCCAUAUUCGACCAUUCCAGAAUAAGUGCAUUGUCUCUGGCCAAGGCAGACGUCAUCCUCGUUUCCAGUUUCCAGGAGCUUGAAGAAAGAAGUUUCUGCGCUUUGGAACGUCAACUUAAGACCUCGCCGAAAAACCCUCACAGAAAGGUAUCAAACAUAUGGACGGUGGGGCCAACAUUUCAGUUCCCAUCGAUCGCUGAUGAAGCUGGAGAGGAAGAAAGACACUCAUGUUUGAAGUUUCUCGACUCCCAAUCGAAAUCUUCUGUCCUGUACGUGGCAUUUGGAAGUGACGGCUGCCACUCUCGAGAACAGAUUUUGGAAAUUGCGCACGGACUGGAAAGUAGUGGGCAGCCGUUCCUCUGUGUCUUGCAUCGACCCAUGAAGACCCCAGACUGCCAAACUGACGAUAUAUUCGCAGUCAUUCCUUCUGAAUGCAUCGAACGCACCAAGGACAGGGGAUUAUUCGUGCAGAGCUGGGCACCUCAACAGAAAGUUCUGUCACAUCCAUCGACGGGAGGUUUCCUCUCCCAUUUUGGCUUCAACUCGAUGUUGGAAGCUGUGUGCUUCGGAGUACCUCUGAUCGCAUGGCCGUUGGGCGCAGAACAGAGGUUCAAUACCAGGUGGGCGGUGGACGAGGCAAAGAUCGGACUAGAAGUUUACAGAGGUCCAGAUGGCUUUGUCGAGAGAGGAGAAGUGGAAAGAAGUGUGAAGGCUCUGUUUUACGGCGAUGAAGCGAGAGUUCUCAGGAAGAACGUUUCUGAUCUCCACCAAAAGGCGAAGGAAUGUGUGGGAGAGAACGGAUCUACGACGAAGAACCUGCAGGCCAUUGUGGAUCAUAUUCAAGGUACAACACGUUCUAAUCUUAAACUCCAUAUUUGAACAUAAAGACAGUCGAAGAGCUUGUCUUCCUUAAUUUGUGAACCUGGGCGAUGCGAUAUCAUCACAAUAGCAUCACUAUGGGAAUUUGAACUAGUUCAGGUAAUUUAAAGUGACUGUCUAGACGAAAUGGUUCGAAGGCUAGCGUGAUUCAUUCUUAUAGAUUGCAGCAGAAAAUGUAGAUCAAUGGACACAAGCUAUUUAAACUAGACUAGACAUUAUUUUAAGGGAAGUGACACCCCACCCCAUGUCGAAUAGUUUGUAAGCCUUAGUCCAGAUUUACAUGUAACUCCAACCUUGAGAAACAAAGACGGGAACCCUUUCCGCGCCUUGCAUUCGGAUGAAACCCUCCGAUUACUGUCAUCAAGGAGGAUGGGUAUUCAUCCAUACCUCAAUGUGUACUUGAAAAUUCAUAACUUGCAUUCUAUCAUCUGUGUUCAUAAGUUACAAAACGUUUGAAUC